AUGACAAACGCUACUUACUUUAUAUGGAGUGAUAGUGCCAGUUCGUAUGGUUUUAAAGAUGAUGAACAAGAGAAGAGUGCACCAUGUACAUCCAAGAAUGGCAAUUUCAUAGCUGUACUUCCGACAAUCUUCUAUUAUGCCACUGCUGUCGUCGUCUUCAUAAUGCUUAUAGUUUUCUGGUUACUGCUCUUCCAGAUGUACUCGUUGUCUGUGCUCAUUCCAGUGGUUAUUCUUUCAUUCUCUGGAUUUUUACUGGUGUUCGUCAACAUAAAGAUUGCUUGUCUGGAUCCAUCACCAGAGAGCACGAUUAUCUCGCAAGUUGUGUGA